AUGCUCAACUCUACGCUUGAUACGGGGCUUCCGCCCCUUCCUGCCUAUUCCCUAACUCCCCGCGAGCCUCUCCUGCCUCCAAUCCCUGACUAUAUUAUCGUUCUCAUUCUCCCAAUACUCGCCUACUGGAUUGUAUCCAUGGUCUUCCACUGGAUAGACGUCAACGAUUAUUUUUCUCAGUAUCGCCUGCAUACUCCGGAAGAGCUCCUUCAGCGAAAUCAUGUGUCGAGGUGGGAAGUUGUUCGUGACGUUGUCAUCCAGCAAAUCAUCCAAACCGUAUUUGGUUUGCUCAUGGCCUACGUGGAGGAAACUGAGUACGUUGGGAAAGAGGACUAUGAUAUCGCCGUUUGGGCUCGUCGCAUACGAAUCGCGCAGAGAGUCAUCCCGCGGUUACUCCUACUUCUCGGCAUCGACGCCACGGGGCUUGCUGGAAAAUUGUCCUCAUAUCCCGCUCUAGCUGUUGCUAUAACAGGUGGACAGCAUUCAACUUUGACCCAAGAAGUUGUUCUGGAUACAGGGAGUAUCGUCAUUACGCCCGCGUUUGCGAAAUGGGAGCUUUUGGCCGCUAGUGCCGUGUAUUGGUACCUCAUACCCGCCGUCCAGUUCCUUUUUGCCAUAUUCUUCGUGGAUACCUGGCAAUACUUCCUGCAUCGCGCGAUGCAUAUGAACAGAUGGCUGUAUACUACUUUUCAUUCCAGACACCAUCGUCUCUAUGUCCCUUAUGCUUUUGGUGCUCUAUAUAACCAUCCCGUUGAAGGUUUUUUGCUGGACACCGCUGGAACAGGGAUCGCUUUCCUGCUCUCAAGAAUGACCGCUCGCCAGGCUAUGUGGUUUUUUACUUGCUCAACAAUCAAAACCAUCGAUGAUCACUGCGGAUAUGCUUUCCCAUUUGAUCCUCUACAGCAUAUUACCUCAAACAAUGCCGCAUACCAUGAUAUCCACCAUCAAAGCUGGGGUAUUAAGACAAACUUUUCACAGCCAUUCUUUACCUUCUGGGAUCGCCUUCUUGAUACUAAGUGGAGGGGCGGGGAUGUUACCCUUCGAUACGAGCGGGCACGCUUACAGGCUAGUCGUGCCAUGAAAGAUCAUGAUCAAAGCCCAAAGGCUGGCAAAGAAGACCAACCCGCACGUAGCCUCCUUACAAAAAGUGUCUCCAAAACCGCCACUCCUUUCUCCCCCCAGACAGAACCUCUGAAAAAUACAUCCCAUAGGUUGAACGGCAGUAUACUUCAUAAGUGA